UCCCGGAGCAACACAUCGAUCCCGCGUCAGCCGCUGUCAGUUGGGCCAACAUGGCGGUGGACUUCACGGCCAUUUUCAAAAUUCUCGUCCUGGGCGACAGCAAUGUGGGCAAGACGUGUAUCGUUCACCGAUUCUGCGACGAGCGCUUCUACGACACGUAUAUAUCCACAAUCGGUAUUGACUUCAAGCAGAAGAUAAUCAACCUGGACGGGGUGCCGGUGAAGCUACAAAUAUGGGACACGGCGGGCCAGGAGCGGUUCCGCACCCUGACCACGGCCUACUACCGCGGAGCCAUGGGCAUUUUAAUUAUGUACGACGUCACAAACAUGGACUCGUUCAACCACCUGUCCUACUGGUUCAGGAAUAUCGAAGAGAACGCGUCACCCGAAGUGGUCAAAGUCCUGGUCGGGAACAAGUGUGACGCGACGCACGCCCGCCAAGUGGAGAAGGACCGGGGAGAGAAGAUGGCGGAGAGCUUCGACAUCCCGUUCUACGAGUGCAGCUGCAAGCAGAACGUCAACAUCCAGGAGGCCUUCGUCACCCUCGCCAGGAAAAUCCGCGAGCAGAGGGAGCAGAGGGUGAUCGUCACUCCACUACCGGGCAAGUUCGAAGACAGCGACCGGCUGCAAUGGGAGAAAGCCGACCUGAACCAGAACAGGCAGCCGCCGUCGGCGCAGUACCGCUGCAACUGCUGAGUGACGCCCUCCGUGAAUUGCAGCCGUUCUUCCCUUGUCGUCAUCGUCGCCGCAGCAGCAGCGUCACCGAUGCCCGACUUAAUUUAUUUCCGCAUCCCCGCCGCCGCCGCCGCCGCCACCGCCUGCUGCGUUUUCCACUGCGUGCUUCGACACGGACCUUGGACUAAACGCAGGGACACGAUGCUGACGCCGAGAGAGGGGAGAGGGCAACACGGAGGAUCGGCUUAUCACUGCGUCGCCCCCCAAGAAGUGCAACGACGCCCUUUCGGUUCCCACACUGGCGCUAUGUGCUACACGCCCCAAGGACUAUCCUGGAAAACAGAGAGAGCUCGGGCCGCGGCACCGCGAAUGCGCGUUCACAUGUGCGCGUUUACGCUUGAAUUUUUUUUUUUAGUUCCGUAAGCGUGGAGAAGGCGGUGCACAUCGUGCCCCCUGUGUAAUAUUGACGAGCUUGUUGUAACGAAACUUUGAAGUAAGGGUGUUCGAAUGGCCAAAUUUCCGUAAUACCGGAGAAUACUGAACGCGGAACCGAAUGUCGAGCUGUGUUCUAUCUCUAAAUGAAGAGAACAAGACAUGGAGUGAAAAUACGAAAUCGAAAAUGUUGUGCUAACAACUAUUCUAUGUGCCUAGAAGUUGAUUCAACUGAGCAGCUUUGAGAUGAGCAAUAAGUUAAACGUUAUAACAUUUCCUGGUUGGCACAAGGGAAACUUUGUGACCACUGGACGAUAUGCAUGUUAUUAUUUUUCCUUUUUUAUUGUUAUUACGCUCUAUAGUCGGCCAUAGUCAAAUAUUUGGAAAAAUUGAACAUCAUAAUCUUGAAUCGAAUGUGCCACGUUUGCAAACAUAAGUAUUCAAUUCGUUUCUGAAAUUUCGGAUAUUUGCGCGCCCUUGCUCUAAAGUGAGAAUCACACGGGAGCUUUCUGACGUAUUUUCUACGUGCCGCUGGCAAGAGUUUGUUUCACGCCAUGACGUCAUACGCGCUGCAAUCGGAAUAAAAAAAGUGUUCCGCGUGGCCGCCGCUAUAAUUGACAACCAAGUAAGACACAAUUAAGUCCUUAUUAUACAAGAACAUACUUAUACACGUUAGUGAAAAAAAUUACUGAUUAUAAUUACAGUUACUUCACUAAACAUGUAAUUGGUUACAGUUACCAAUUACUUCCCCAAGAAAGUAAUUGAGGAAGUACUCAAAAGCAAUCGAUUACAUUUACGUUACUUCCCGCAAAACCUUUUAACAGCGCUGCACAGUCAACGGAAACAGAACGAGCUGGCUUGCAGGCACAAUCAAUGCGUGCUCUGCAGCCGUUCAUACAUUGCAUGGCUUUACUAACAAUUGCUUUUCUAAAGUUUUUCUUUUUUUGUUCAUGAAAACAUUAUCGGCGACCCUGAAAACGCUUGGUGUGCGCGCUGGAAACCUACGGAAAUCGUGCGAACAAGACUGUCCUUAGUCGUUAUCCGAGUACCCUGUGAAGCGCAGCACUUCGCCUUUGCUCGGCUUUGAAAAAGAUGCUCCCGUUUGGGCCAAUGAAAACCUGUAACAAUCGUCCGUAGGUGAUAUUCUGGCGUUAAGGUCCUAAGGGGCGGUCGCUAUUGAGACAUACCAGCACCAGUUCAAUUGGUCGGCCAACAUCUGGUGGAUCGUUAUCAUGAAAAAAAUAUUGAGUUCCAGGGAUUUCCUGUCUGAAUUGGCUAAUGCAUAACCCCCCCCCACACACACACACACACACACACACGCCUUCAACACGGACACAAACACACCAAGUUUGGGAGCGUCAGAAGUACUACAGAUUGAUUUUUAUUUGUUUAUUCGAUGGUACUGGAGAUGCUGCAAACUUUCGUCGCCGGCCUUUGGGCAACAUUUGAUUGUCACAAGAAGGGACGGAAAUGUCAUAAAGUGACAGAGAAGAAAAUACGAAAAUUUUAGCCCGUACACUCUUGACACGUUAAGACACUUGCUAUACAAUGCGUACAAAAAUGUACAGCAUCGUAACGAAGUGUCAAGCAGAAGCACCAGUCACCUGCUCGGUGGACUUUGUAUCUUCUGGCAGAAGUACGCGUGCUUCCGAGGGCAUGUGCGCAUGAAGAGAACUAGACGUCACGUUCUUCCAAACGAAGUCUGCGGUGUGCGUUUCCUCGCUGAACCAUCAGAUCAUGGUUGAAAGGCCUUGGCUGCCUGCUUUAGCCUCUUCCUUUGACGCUUAUCCCACGGACAAGUCUCACGGAACGAAGUUGGCCUUGGCGUUGUGCUCGCAAGAAGCGGAAUGACAGUUUGCGUUAGGCCGCGUAUAACUCCGUAAUCAUUCGGCGCUCUUCACCUCUGGUCACGUCGAGCCUCCUUUGCGGCACAGCAUAUGCAUCAACGUUGUUUACGUGUUCUCAAUAGAUCAUAAUGGACUACACUAUAGGCGCGCUGCUGAGUGUCUGCGCAUGGUCUCUAUCAAGCAUUAUGAUUACAGUGCAGUGGCAUUUAGAAGAUUAAUAGCAGGGGGCGCAAGAAACGAAAUAAUAUAAUAUGUUCAAUAUGUAGGCGAUUGUAUAGACCCAACAUGGAAGGCAUAUGGUUCAGUCGCACUUCAGGAUCAAUGGCUUCCCUCAGGCAAGACUUAUGAAUCGAAAGUGUUCACUCCCGAGGCGUCUUCAGUGAAUGUCGUUGCUUGCAAGACAUUAUAAGGUCUUUGGUUCUUCUGCAUGUACCCAACCGCAGUGCGCGCUGUUAUAGUUUCCUUGACAGCCGAAAGCAAGAUUUCCACCGUUAAACUGCGGGUCGGUCAGCUUGGAAUUCCUAUAGUUACCACCGCGUAGGCAAAGUGGGCGAAAGCGAAGCGAUCACGCACAGAAUCUUACGACCAAGCAAAUGGCAUUGCUUUAUGGCGUAUACGGAAUCAAAUCAGCAGCGCGCAAUAGAGACCCGAUUGCAACGAAAAAUACAAGAAGGCUGCCUUUAGACCGACACGCUUAUUUGUAAGGACUACAACGCCGACGACAUGAAGGGUGACGCACACGCCGUUUUGCGCUAACGUCCACCUUCGUUCGGGCACCGUCGGCAAUUAGUUUGCCGGCCGAAGAAGAACAGUGGAAGUCUGCAGGCUGGAGCUCAGCUCUGGCAGCGCGUUCGGAGCAUAACGCUGCCGCCAUCACCGCUUAGCAAGCCCCACAAAAGUAGCUCAUAACGUUGCGUUCCCGGCUAAAGUAUAAGCAUGGCCAAGUUACUCAAACGGCGGAAAGGUCAAAAUGGACGGAGGGACCGUUGUCGCUGCUCACGCGAGCUGACAACUCUCACCUGAGCUGACAAGUAAUCAACGAGCGACUUGGAGUUCUCGCAAAUAACGCUUAUAACUGGCCUUGUCGUGAUUCCGCAGAAUAGUUGUUGUUGAAAACGUUAUACUUAACCGGAGGAGGCGCAGCUGUGCCACGCGCGAGAUACAACGUGGCGCUGACAAUGUGUACCGUAAAGUUUGUUAUAUACCUGACGUUUUUCGGUGUGGACCACUUCUUGUACAAAGUGUGAUACUGCAUGUUUGCGUACAAUAUGUCUGAAAAAAAAAUAACAAGAAACGAUGUGUUCAGAGAGCCGCGAGCCCAUGUUGAAGACUCCAGCGACGGUGUAUGGAGCGCAUUCGCGGGCACAGGGAAUGCGCUGCGGCCGCGAUAGUCAAAGAUUGUAAAUACGUUUACGAAUCUGUUUACGAUAUUUUGUUGACGAAAUAGGCGAUUCGUGUUUUCCAGGCGCAUAUUCUGCUUUCUUAUGAUACUACACGUAAAAUAAAACUCAAACCGAACUGAGCUUUCGCUACGCUAAAGGUGUUGCUUUGAUAUUGUGCCAAGAGCCCGUAUGAUUAGUCUUUUCCCUAUGGCUGUUUCUUAACAACGAGCGUGGACUGGCGAGGAGACAAGGUGACUUUUAAGCCGGGUUGGCGAGCUUUUACGACGGAGGAGCAAAGCUCCGCCUAUAGCUCAUUACAAUUGCUUUGAAGGAACCGUUUUAAAUAUAGAAGCAGACUAAUACUACGGCCUCUUGCGAAACGCGCUGGCCCUGCAAGGCUUUGUACAGUUGUGAAUUAAGCGGUAGGGCAACUUCUGUUUACCCCGCUGCAUUUGAUGGUGUUCACUGUGACACUAAGCACCACUAAGCGGUGGUGUGUUCGCAGGAAGUUUAAAAUACCCGUAAAAAGAAAACGGUGCUAUUUUGCACUAUGUAGGCGCACAGGUUUUUAUCUUUUUGUGCUAAAACAAGUAGUGAACCUGCCGUAGUAUGCACUGCAUGCUGGAAGGUAUGACAUUGUUAACUGUCAGUUUAUAAUCGCCCUGUAUAUUCAAGGCGAUCCGUGCAUGCAAAAAAAAAAAAGACUUGCCGGAUAAAAUCUUGACUCUUUAUUGCUCCAACGACCAUGCACGAUGCAAGUACUUGAACAUAGCGAAAAUGAACUCGCUUUUUCAUGUCGUAUAAGAAUACUGUUGUUCAUGCCGGGGCUACUUCCACCCUAGUCGAAAACUAAGAACUUUACUAAAUGACUGUACACAAUUCUAUAUCGUGGAAAACUUUGUAUUUACCAUAUGUUUUGUAUUUUUGGGGGCAUAGAAUUUGCAUGUUCCACACUUUGUCUGAUUACAUCAAUUUAGUCUUUUUGCCGUAGACCUAGCGAGUAAAAUCAUUGCUACGGUUGAUCCGGGCGUAAAAAGAACUUGGUGACAGCAUGUCUUUUUCUUAUUUUUUCCCCCUCUGUGUGAUUUAGUUAUUCUGUUUACAACAUUUAUUACUGGCUGUACCAGUGAGCUGAAAUUUAAUGUGAUCUCUCCACUGAAUAAAGAAAUCAAUAUCUGCAACAAUCGAUCGA